GGGUUCCAUCAGCCUUUUUCAUUUUUUUUUUUUGUUUUCUUUAUGUUCCCUCCUUGUUCUUACCUUGAAGAAUGCUGUGAAUCAUGCUAAACUAACAAUAAGAGAAGACCUCAUAGAAAAGUUUUGCAUAGUACAGUAAGCAAGCAAGGAAGUCCACUGAGCUUUGAUUAAAUCCGCAUGUGAAUUUGACUUAAUUCAUUUCCUUUUUCCUGUUAAGAAGCUAUAAACACGUGUCUUAGCAAGUCUUCUUAGCAAAUCACAUUUCUGCUGGGAAAGAUCAAAUUCACAAUAGGGGAACUUCAAUAUAGAGUUGCCUGACAAUGGAAAACCAAAUUAAGGAAAGCAGAAAACAAAACUGGUUCCAGAGGCAGUUUUCAAGUCAAAACAGUCAAAGUAAUCAUCCCAUAGAAGGUGCACAUGAAGCUGCAGUUGCAGCGGCUGCAUUUGCGAUUCAGUCACUUCAGGAAGCUAAAGCAACCAAGCUUAAGACUAAGAGCAGAAAAGACAACGGCAGAAAUGCUAUGCUUCAUUCUAAAGGAACAACCAGCCAAUUCUCAUACAAGAAAACAAAAAUUGCAGUUGACAAUUCCAAGAAAAAGCCAAUGGAACAAAAAACUAAGGAAUUCGAGGGAGUUUAUUCAGCUGCCAAGCCAAGCUCUAAAUCUGCUGUAAUACCAAUAGCACCAGGAGAUAAUGCUGAAUGGUAUGACAAGCUGAAAUCAGUUGUUGCUUGCGGAAGUGUCAAGAUGCUGAGAGCCAAGGAUUAAACAAAAAGAAGAAAGAAGAAACUGGAGAUGCAAAGGGCAACUAUUGUGCAACAUCACUAAAAACAGGAUAGGAAGAUUUCAUCCGAUUGGUGGCAGGGCAAGAAAAUCUGAAGUUAUAGAGGAGAUCGAAAGAUUAGAUAAUGAAAUAAAUAUAUAUUAGAAUAUAUAUAUAUAUACACACAAUUUGUUUUGAUCAUAGGUAGCAUCAAAGCAAAGGCAGUUGCAAUAAUUAUGACGCUAUAUGUCCCUUUUCUUCUUGAAUCUUUAAAUGAUAUUUUGCUUCAGGCUGGAUACACGCUUUGUUACUGAACAA